UUUUUUAUUGCUGCUUCCGGCUGGAUCAGCUGACUGUUCUGUAUUAAGACUGCAGCCUCUCCUCUCUAAAGAUCUGUCAAAGUAUGAAGUAACACUCGUUUGAGCUAGAUUGUACCUUUAUUGGAUGACACUGUGAAGUUCUGAUUGCUACUUGUUGAUUGGUUGCAGUGUGAGACAGUCAUCCAUUUUGACACCAUGCUGGUGCUGGAGUAUCUUCCUGUGUUGCUUGUUGCUGUCUCUUUGGGGCAAAGUGCUGUACUAGAUAAGGUUCAGCCUGAACAGGUUCAUCUUUCCUACACAGGUGACCCCCUUUCAAUGACUGUGACCUGGACAACCUUUGCCCCGACUCCCUCUGUUGUGAAGUACAGCACUGUGCCUGGGCCACUGUUAUUCAAUAUUUCUGCAUACGGAAAUGCCACCCAGUUUGUGGAUGGAGGAUUUAUGAAGAGGAAGAUGUUUAUACAUAGGGUAACUCUGAAGAAUCUCACACCCACGCAGAGAUAUGUGUAUCAUUGUGGCAGUGAUUUUGGCUGGAGUCCCCAGUUCUACUUCCGUGCCAUGCAGACCGGAUCCUCAUGGGGACCUCGUCUUGCUGUAUUUGGUGAUAUGGGGAAUGAGAAUGCUCAAUCCUUGCCACGGCUGCAGAAGGAAACACAGAUGGACAUGUAUGAUGUAAUUUUGCAUGUUGGAGAUUUUGCUUAUGACUUAGACAAGGAUAAUGCUCAAAUAGGAGACAAGUUUAUGCGCCAGGUUGAGUCAGUUGCAGCCUACCUACCCUACAUGACAUGCCCAGGCAAUCAUGAGGAAGCAUAUAACUUUUCCAAUUAUCGGAACCGUUUUUCAAUGCCAGGCACCACAGAGGGGCUUUGGUAUAGUUGGAAUUUAGGCCCUGCUCAUAUCAUUUCUCUGUCCACCGAAGUAUAUUUCUUCAUUAAUUAUGGAAAAGAAUUGUUGGCUGAGCAGUAUCGAUGGCUGCAGAAGGACCUUGAGGAGGCCAACAAACCUUCUAACAGAUUAGAGCGCCCAUGGAUUAUUACAAUGGGUCACCGUCCAAUGUACUGCUCGAAUUUUGACAAAGAUGAUUGUCUUCAGCAUGAUACUGUGGUUCGCACAGGAAUAUUUGGAGGACAGUAUGGGCUGGAAGAUUUGUUCUAUAAAUAUGGUGUAGAUUUGGAGAUCUGGGCCCAUGAACAUUCCUAUGAACGUCUAUGGCCUGUCUAUAACUAUACAGUAUAUAAAGGAUCUUCUGAAUCUCCAUAUACUAAUCCUCUAGCACCUGUUCAUAUCAUUACAGGAUCUGCGGGAUGCAAUGAAAGACUAGACCCUUUCUUCCCACUUCACCGAGAAUGGAGUGCGCUUAGAAUUGAAGACUAUGGUUAUACACGGAUCCAUAUUGCUAACAAGACACACAUACACCUCCAGCAAGUCUCAGAUGAUCAGAAUGGAGAGAUAGUGGAUGAUUUUUGGCUGAUAAAGGACAAGCGCUAAGACUCAUCUUCCUGAAAAUCUUCAGCAGGUAUCCACACACAAAGGGUCUGAGUCUUGGCAAGUUCAGAAGCCACGGAGCUUGUGUCAAAUAAACUUUAUUUAUUUUAUUUUCUCAAAUGGUUUCAAUUUUCCCAUCAAUGGCAAGUAGGAUUGCUGUGCUAAUGCAGUCACGGUAGAAUUCUUCAUCAAAGAUAAGAAGCAUUUAAUCACUGGUUCAAAUAAAAUUACAAAAAAAAGAAUGCUGUAUGCAACUGCAACUUUUAAGAAACUUUAUUUUUGUCCUGGAAAGCAGGACCCCCUUUACACUUGAGUGCCAACCAUGCAGGAUAAAAGCCAUUUCAGCAAUUCUGUACUCACAGACACACACAUUUAGAAGUGUUAUUGCCCCAUAGUAAGCAAAUUACAUCCUCAUGCACAAAUUACAUCCUAUGCAAGAGCAAUGAGCAUCUUACCUCAAGGUGAUUGUGAUUUCUUCCCAUCUUCUUCAUCCAUCUGUUUGCAUAAAAUGUCCAACAUUUGGUGGGUUUUGAUGCCCGAGUACAGCUAAUCUUGAAUGCUACUGGUGAACCUUUGAGAUACAGUCUAUGCAUGUAACUUGGCCUCCAUUAAAAAGUGCUCACAGAUGCAGUGCACAAACCCUUAAUUUACUAAUAGUGGGCUCAGUGCAAGAUUCAAAAACACAAAAGUGACAUACGAAAUCACUUUAACAGUGUAGUGCUAUUAAGCUCAAUGUACUGUGCACAGCUCUCUAUAAGGCACAAGGGUACCCUAUAAUAUAUGACUGCCGUUUCUUACUAAAUCACAACAGAAUGACAGGGAAAGUCAUGUUUUCAUUUUAAUGUUUCCAUGAAAAAAAUCUAUAACCUAAUGUUUACCCACUUUUUAAAAAAAAAAAACAUGUUUUCAUGGCUAAUCAAAAGCUAGUUUUAAUAGAUAAUAAGCAACAUUUUAGAGCUGCAUCUGAAAACCCACUGUUUUAUUAGAACCUAGACAGAGGUCAAAGGCUAACCAGUCUGCCCAAUGGUCAGGCAACCUAAUGUGAAUUAAUGCCUUUAUUUACAUAUUUUCCCUGUAAUGUCAUUUUAGUGCUCUUCGCUAGUAAUAGCACUGGCUUUGGCACCAGGGCCCUUUUUCUGGAUUAAAUAACCACUGGAGGUGAGAGGGAAAGGAACUUCUGUUAACGUGGUCUUCUGUCAUUAUCUGUCCCAUAAUACAAAGGACUCAGAAAAUCACAUCCAUACCUGGGUUGUAUACACUGUUUUGCUCCCAGCUACAUACUAGUUCCUAUAGAAUGUAAACAUGAGAAGCAAAAUAUUGCUUAUUAGGAAAGGGGUUUCCUCUCAUUCUUAUUUAAAGUACUGUAUGUGGGGCACUGGUCACAGAUAUUGCUCUUACAUAUACAUGAGAUAUAUGCAAUUGUAAAACAUUGUUCUUUGUUUGCUACCCCUGAUUUCAGUGGAUAACUGGAAAUGCUGCUCUAAACAUAUUGCACCACAAUAAAUAUAUUCUUAUAUACUGUAUAUAA